CUCAUCCUUCUCCUCAUCCUUCUCCUCUUCCUCGUCCUCCUCUAUUCCUGUGUGCCGUCGUGUCACAUCAGUCGCGCUGUCGGACGAAGCCUGCCAUAUGGUUACGGACAUGCGUGCCGCAGCGUUAGCGGCGUAUUAAGCGCCUGGCGGGGAUUUUAACUGCGACGACGUUAUGUGGCGGCCGCACAUGGAAGCGGUCCGUCCCGCGCAUGCGCCGGCUGACCCGCACUCCAGGCUCGUGUCUAUUCGGGCAGCUGCCAGCGCGACAGACUGACGGGGGAUCGCAGCGUCUACUGAUUACCACUGCGUCUUUGGGAUUCGGAUCAUUUCUGUGAAAGCCCGCUGUGAAUUCUAACGUGCGUGCGUGCGUGCGUGCGUGCGGAAGGCUUGUUCCCCACUCCCGAGCGGCGGGGGAGAUAUGUCUACGCGCGUACUGUGAGUCGCGUCGGAUAACCGAGCCUUGCUAAGUAGGCGAGUGUUUUCUCAGCACACCUGUGUGACAGGUGGAUGUCGGUGUAGCGCAUUCCUACUAGCGGUGUAGCGGUCUACCUGUAGCGCGGUGUCGGCGGCGUGAAGGCGUGCGCGGGACACGUACGUGCGAUCGUCCGGGCAGCGAGGUGUUUGCUUGGAUGCGCGCAUUCUCGGGACACCUAAAUAUUUGCGCAACCGAGGUGUGUAUACACAAGGUCUCCCGCUUGCUCAUUAUACCCGCACCUAUGUGCAGCACACCGCAGCCGCGCCUCUGUCUGACGUUGGUAUCUGUGACACGGCUAUUAGUCUUGCCUAGAGGCUAAACAAGCGCAAGUCAAGCAAAACGUAGUUGGCCGCCAGCGAACGUUUACCUUUCUCACACAACCAGAGAUACACGCUAGUAUAGUAGUAGUAGUUGUAGCAAUCAUAAUAACCGUAGUAGGAGUCGGUGUUGCUUGUCGAUGGAUGCUGCUGUGGAUGCCUGAAGCCCUAACGAUCUGCCUCCGCAUCAGUACCAGUAUCAAGGGGCAUCGCGCGUGAUACAACGUGCUCAGAUUCAGCCGGCGAUUGAUUAACUUCAAACGGAUAGUGGCGCGCUGCGGCUGCCGAAGACUCUCCGGCUAUCAUAGCCUCUUGCUAGAUUUGCCGUGAGAAAUCGUUUUGGAGUGCGAGUCCCCCGUGCUUGGCAAGCUCAUCCACCGUGGUCAGCGAGGGAGCGAGCUGUGUGGAGAAGUGAGAGGGAGUACUCAAGCCCUCGUGCUGUUAUCGUGGCAGCCUUCGGCAAGGCUUGGCAAUCGGCGAGAGAGGGGGAGACCUGUUCUCAGAUCAACACUGCGAUUAUUUGGACGUCAUCACCUUUAUAUGUUUGUUUGCGUUUCGAGUCGGGAUUUCAACGAGCCGCGCUGUGGUGGUAGUGAAACGUCGCGGUCACGACAGUCGUGUAGUGGUGUAGCGUCACAGAAGCUGACCUGUAGUAGCCAGUAGGCGGGAAACCUUACGCACUGGACUCACAGCGAUAAGUGCCGAGAGUGAAGGAGGCGCUCCACUAUACGUGCAAGGUUUGAAGAAACGACUUGCCGGCUAGAGACAAGAUCGCGGUCUCGAGAUCGGGGGAGAGUUCCUGCUACCCGAACUUCGCCCUAUAGUGUGUUGAAGUACAGUCGCUGUAGCUUGGGCGAGGAACAUAGCGGAACCCUAGCGAACGUAGCCAAACCAUUCGCUAGCAUAAGGGCAACUCCGGAGAUUUAUUCGGUAGUAUCGAAGAUAUUCGCAGCAAGUAUUUGUAUUGGGGAGUUUCACAUUGACAACGUUGUUGACCGUGAGGCGAAACGCAACGCGCCUAGUGGUGGUUAUAAGAAACUCAUUGGAGGCAGACUACAUGUAUGGCACCAAGGGGAUUGUUCAAUGCGUCCGUACUUAAUGGAAAGGAGAGGGUCAUCCAUCUGCGAGUUCCUAGUUGAUAACUCAGGUCAGGAGGUGCAGCGAAUUAGCGUCAUUGACAACCUGCCGAGUCUUCUCGAGGAGAACUGCAACAGUUGCAUGAAGGAUGUGGUGCCAAAGGUUAAGGAGGUGCUACACAUGGCACCCGUGGAGGUGCAGUUGGCAGGCUGCCAAUCUUUCCUCUCGAUCCUGGAGAACGAGAUUCUGCCUCACACGACGUACACACAGAGCUUUCUACAGAGCAUCCUUGCCAGCGUCGAUAGCAAGGACCAAGUUGUGGCGAACGCCUGGCUGGAGACACUGCUCGAUGUGAUAGACCUACUACCCAAGGAAGUCAUUCAGAAAGAUAUUUUAAACUUGGCGAUAUCGAAGGGGCAGCUCUCCCAGCCAGUGCAGUCGCGGCUAUCGUGCUGUAAGAUUCUGGGCAAGAUUGCGACGAAAUUCGAACCGUAUUUAAUUAAGAAGGAGAUUCUGCCCGUCGUGCAGUCGCUAUGCCAGGACGUCGACUACGAGGUGAGAGGCUGCAUGUGUCGGCAGCUGGACUCCGUCGCCAGAGGCAUUGGGCUGGAGGCGACCAAGAUCUCGAUCCUGCCCGAACUCGUGGAGCUGGCCAACGACGAGGAGAGCUUCGUGCGGCUGGCCGGCCUCGAGGCGGUGGUCAGCCUGCUCAGUCUGCUGGACGAUGAUACCUGUGUGCACAUCAUUAUCCCGCUCGUGAGAAAGUUCUGUGAGAUGGCGAUGAAGGCGGAGGACCCGACGCUAGCUGUGGUUGCCAAGCAGCUAGGAAAGCUCUGUCACGGCCUGUCAGUGAACCUGAGUGCGGAGCAGCGGCAGUGGUUCCUCAACUACUACAGGCAGCUGUGCCAGCUCGGCCUGACAUGCACAGACUCAGGCAUUCAGGUGAAGCAGAGCCCAGACAAAGAUCACAAGACGCAGACUCCAGACUUGUCGCAGCUGUUUGAAGAGGCUGAUAUAUAUGCAGAGUGCAGGCUGUGUGCUGCAUUCAACUUCCCCGCUAUGGUGCUGUUCGCCGGUGCGCUCGACUUCAAGUGCAGUCUGUACGCGACGUUUGCUGCGCUCUGCGAGGACCCUUACCCCGUGGUGAGGAGGACCGUCGCGUCGGGCUUUCACGAGGUUGCCAAACUGUUAGGUUCAAACGUGUAUUUAAUUCAGGGAGAACUGGUGAUACUACUAAAGGAUGAAUCCAUAGAGGUUCUAGAGGGCAUCAUUCCCCAUCUGCCGGAGAUGCUGGAAUGUAUGGUCAACAGAGGAAGGCAUUCCAUGUCAGACACACGGUUUUCACCGGAUCUACAGCGCGCCGGCGCGGCGUCCAGCAACUGGAGGCUGCACGAGCAGCUGCUCAGCGUGCUCGCCUGUCUGCCCAAGUGCCUCAGCAGCGACGACAUCUUCUGCAAGUUUUGUGCGCUCUUCUUCCAGAAGGCGACGGUGUCGAGGGCUCGACCGGUCAGAAUCGCCGCAGUCAGAACUCUUUGCGUCUACCUCAGGAACAACCUCCGAGCCGAACAGCGCUCUGAGAUAUGCAAGAAGCUGAUCGAAGAUUUCUGUCGGCACGCGAGCUGUCACAAGCGUAUGCUGUUCAUCGAGAUCUGCAUCGUCAUCAUCGAGCUGUUCUCGAAGAGCUUCUUCAAGCAGUUCUUCUACACGCAGCUGCUCGAGCUACACAUGGACGCCGUGCCCAACAUCCGGUUGCGUCUGUGCACGCUGCUGCCGCGCUUGAAGUCUCAGCUGAAGCUGCCUACGGACAGAGGUCUGCUGCAGCAGCUCGAGUCGUGCGUGCGCAAGCUGAUGGUCAACGAGAAGGAUCGUGACGUCACGGCGGCCAUACGACACGCGAUAAUGGAGCUGGACAAGAUUGAAGUUGCCAUGGAUACUCUUUCGAGGAGAGUAUUCCUGGAGGGCGAUCUAGAAGACCAGGAGAGGGAAAACGAGGAGAAACAUCUCGUAGAAAUUGAGGAGAGGGAAAGAAAGGAGGAGGAAAGUCGAAGGAUCGCGGAGAGGAAAACGGCAGCAAAGGCAGGGAAGAUUCCCAUCCGAAAACCGAGCAAAAGUAUACUGCCAGUGAAGGAGGUCAAGCGGACACCCAGCAAUAACAGCUUUUCGUCUUUAUCAGUCUCCUCUGCACAGAGAAGCAUAUCGUCUAACAGCCGACCGAAGCCACAGCUAGCUGUGAAGCCCCAGACCGGCAUCCCACAACCAUCGUCGCCGCGGCCCGUGAUGAGGUCGUCCCGAUCGAGAGAGGUGGUUGCGCCCGUCAGAAAAACGUCUGUGAGCAGGAUACCGUCGCCGGCUGUGUUAGCGAGGCGCCCUCUAACUGGUACACCUGCCACUAGCCCAACAACAGAGAUGCCGCCGCAGAUAGGUCUGUCGCUACAGACAAUGCUGAAGCAGAAGAGAUUGGCGAAUGGCGCGGCGGGCGGCAGCGGUCGCAGCUCCCCCUGUGGGAGCCCCACAGUGAGCGGCCCCGUUAUGGGCAAGCCGGCGAGUCAGAUACCCACCAUGGUUAGGAGACCAGCGCCGACGAAGAAGUCCUGACAUUUGAGUGACAGCUGAGCUUGUGACGUGGCGACCGUCCACGCCAACCUGGUCACCAGAGCGCAGCACCUACCAGAACGAGAUUACGGCGAAUUCUAUUCGGGUUGGGAGUUCCACCAGUGAGCGUGUUCUUCCAGGAGAGUUGCGCUGCACAGACGAAUAACUCCCGAUUGUAUUUCUGAUUUUCUCUCUGCGAAACUACACUUCUUCCACCGAAGGCGAGAAUACGUCUGCGCGUGGGGGCGUGGAUUUCCACGUAGUUCCUCGUCCAAGUUGGAAUCCCUAAUGCGUUGAGUCUACAUGUGCCAAAGUUUAUUGUAAUAUUGAUUGACAUUUUUAUACGCUAGCGAGGAAGUGUCGUGUCAGAAUGCGACAUAUAUACACUACACGAUGCAAGAUGCCGAAACGCCAAACACUUUCGUCUAGUCUGUAUCUCACAGUAUUUCGCAGUUAUUCAAGUGAAAAUGCUGCGUCCGGUGCAAUACGCGGUGGGGAUGUAUAAUACGUGCGUGUACAGUAUGGAGGAUUUACGGCUGCUGCCGCGCGAGCUGCCAAUACACGACACCUGGCGGAGAUCUACAGAAUUGCACACUUGCUUCCAAAUGGUGUUUUCAACCCUCUCGCGCGGGACGUGUGCCGUCGGGUUUCGUUGCUAAAGAUUCUUCUUUUAUAGGAAGUAUUUUUCUGGACAGUGUUGUUCAUAGUGGUCUUUACAUAUGGAUUCCUGAGCGUGUAAUUAAAUAGUAAUUUCGAAUGUGAACAUGCAGGUAAUAUUGAAAAGCAGGAACAAAUAUGGAUUGACGAUAGCGUCUCAGUUUCUUUAACCUUCACAGCCACACCGGUCAUGACUACAUCUGUAGUUGUUGUUAGGCGUUUAGCCUUACAGUUCCUCUCAUUGAGCACUCAUUGAAGUAGUUACCCAGUUGUCUAGAUGACUGGUGAAGUGUUCAUACGUAUACAAGUUACUUUGAAAACGUCCUACCCACACGUUAGAUGCAGUGCAUCUGAUAAAGAUAUUUAAUAUAAAUUAAAGAUAAUUAAAUAUUAACGAGAGCUGAACAUAUUUAUUCUCGUUAUGGUAUUGUUAUAAUUGGGCAGCAUAUCCAACUUCGGCAAAUUUUCCAGGCGCAUUGGAUUUUAAAGGAAAUAUGUUGCUAUCCGUGUGAAAUUUUGUGCUCUCUUCAUUAUGCUGGUUUGCCGUCGAGCAUAAAGACAAUAAAUUGUGCCGUGGUUUAUUCCUUAUUCGCGUUGAAUAGAAGCCAGUUCUAUCUGCACACUGUUGAAACAGAAACUUGCUUUGCUAGUAGUGCCUUUUUCAAUUGGUAUCCGAAGAGCAUUUUGUUCCAUGUUAUUCUGUGACAAUUUUGUAUUGUUGACAGUUAUUUUGGGUUGUAAAUACCUGGUAAAUACUAUGAAUUUACAAAAUAAAAUUCACUAGUGUGGUAUUUAAAAUCAAGUGUUGGUGACAUUACUACUAUUAGGACCAUAUGCCGACUAAAACAAUGCAUGAAAAGUGGGAAAAUUUACAAUAACCACCAAACCUACCAGGCAUAUUCUGCCUGGAAAUAAACUACUCUAUCAACAAGGGUUUGUACAUACUCAUCAACUAUAGCCAUGAAGAAACAAUGCCACUAUUCUGGUUUGAAGUAAUUUAUUACAGACGUUUGCAGGUAUACAGAUACUCUAUUAAUAAAUUUUUCAGCCAUAAUGUGUGUACCAUUUUAGAACACGUUCCCUCGUACGUACAAACUAUACGCUCACCAUACGACAUUCUUACCACACCAAGUUGUCUUUCCUACCCAGGUUUCCAAAAUACAACACAAGAUGGCUUAGGACCAAUUACUAUUUGAGUGCCAGACACUCCACGCAUUUUAAACAUUUUUAUCGGUAGCAAUAUAACAAAUGCUAGAUAGACAUAUUGGUAUACAAGUCAAAUAAGCUGUGAUUACCAUUCUCCCUUCUCACUUCAUCAGUUACGUUAGAUAGCAAAACUGGUUAUAACGGGUAAAAUUUGAAUUGCGAGUGUCACCGGUCACCUGUGGCGCGCCAACACUUUGGCACGGGCGACAACAAUGAGUAAGCUCGUUCUCACUCUCACGGGCGCACUCGAAAAAAUGUUCCGAAAGCCAACAACACCAAAAGAACAGAAAUAAAAAUGCACUUUACGCACGCUGAAGCAUCCUCUGCGCGUUGCCGUCCGCCGGACCUCACAGCGCCCCCUGGCAGACACGUACGCGCGUGACGGAUCAGAUAGAUAACAGGGAAUCGGCCAACCCACACCGUAACGUGCUACGGGGGCAUAAAAUUCCAGUAGUAACGAACCUUUUUAUCGAGAGAGAACGCCACCAAAACGAAUCGGGACGGCGACGUUGUAGUGAAAACCGACGUUCGUCUAUCACACGACGUGCACGCACGCCCUAUAGCGAGGGCAUGUAACGAUGACCCGGUCACUGGCCCAUCGUCAGCUAGGUCCCGGGGAGACACGACGCAACGUGCCCGCCUUCAAAGUGCACGCGAAUACGGAACGAGAAUACGGGACGACAACGACGCCCGAGCGCCAAGAGACUCACGUCGUCGUCGCCACGGCGAUGCCGGUCACGUGACGCGCGUCCGGCGACCCGUGGCACGUCGUAGACGAGAAGUCUGCAGAGAUACAACUGAUCCACAGUUGAACACAAAUCGCAUGGUUCAAAAAAAUGCAGCAAGAGCGAUCACAACUCGGAAAGGGCGUUCCGCUAUACGGCUCUGGCCAAAGCUGUACCAGAAAUGGGUAACGAACAACGGGAUGUCAUAACAUUAUGUGUGCGGGUGUUGCGCGGGGCCAAUCUGAAUAGAAUGUAUCAAAAAUAAACUUUCCACUAGAUUAAGAUGUCAGCAGUAACAACACGUUAAUUACACCGCCACAAAAAAAAAUAUCACUGCUUGGAACAAAAUGGUGACACAUUAUCAUUAAUUGAACGAUGUAGAAUUUCAGCCUUCGUUUUACCAGAGGCUGCAACACCCACAAGUAUAUAGACCUCCCAUCACCCACUUCUGCGCACACAGCGAAAACCAAAUUAUUGUGAACCUUAUCGUGCCACUUACAGUAAAGACCGACUUCCAGAUAUUCGUUUCGUACUAAUAAUGUCACUGGAAUGUAAUACUGUGCUGCUGCUGCAAUUCUAGACCUCUGCAACAAAUGGUACGCACGCACUUUUCCCCAGCGUUGCUUCAACAUUGUGAAAAAGUAAGAAACGGCUAGAUAAAAUUCCCCUACUCCCAACUGGCACGACUGCCAUACGUAGCGCGUCGCACAACAAGCCCUCCGCGAGAGAUGGCGAGAGCACCGACCGCAUGCGCGCGCGCGCACUGCUCUACAACCACGCGUCUUCAGGCGCAGCUUCUGGUGUCUGGUAGUUCCACCAGGUGGCGGCGCCAUCCUUGCCCCGCGACACCGCGCCGUCAUACGUCAGACGCUCCCUCACGUCGCGCAUCGUACGAAUGCCGCUGGGUGUCGUAGACGUGGCAGGCCCGAACACCCCGCAGGGCGACUCUGCAUACCCCCGCACGCAAUAAGCGAGUCGUCGCGACCGGUCGCCGGUUUUGCGAACGCCGAACGCGGUCGGCGCGUGCACGAGACGCCCUCUCGUGGCAGCGCGGCAAACCGCUGACACCUACGCUCCGUUAACCAUCGGCAUGCGGAACUGCGACGCAGUUCUCGUACCCUCCCUGAGUGUUCGGCCGACGCGCGGGGGACAACAGCCUGUCCCGCGCGAACCCGCCAGCCAAGGUUUGUUUCAGUCAUUUGUUCGCUCGUCUACAUUUUUAAUACGGUGCUAAAAAAUGCACACUCGUAACACUGCCUGCCUGGACCAGACGGCCAGUUUUUCGAAUAUUUUUUCUUUUCGUAUAUAUUCUUUCCCCGUGAAACUCGCAAAAACAAGAAAUUUAGCCCCAAUCUCUCUUUAAACUACUCCCUGCACCAUUUUUCGUAAAGAGACAGAUUUUUCACUCUAUGAAGUUGAGCCGCUGCUACCGGUACGCAUUCGUUAAUUCACGGGGGUUCCCGUGAGUGGGGGAGGGGGGUGGGGGCAGGGUAUUGGUGACCGACUACAUGCAGUCUGAGCCACCGCGCACGGUCCAGUUCCAUAUUUACACAAGCACCUGAUGAGUAUUCUUCUGAACUGAUCUCCGGCACUACUUCCCACCGUCUGCGAACGACGGUCGCAAACCGUCGGCCCGUGCGACGGCGUCGAAACAAACGCGAACGCGCGUUUCGACGAUAUCACGGCGACGGCGGCGGUCGGACCGCCCCGGAACAGUGAGCAAAAGACGGCGGAUAAUUAGGCUAAAACACGAGCUGGACCACCGCGCGCUCGAGCAGCCUCCGUCCCGCGCGUGAGCGCCGCGUCACUUGCGCAGCGCAGUUCCUCGUGUUUCGUCACGAAGCCGUGAACACGAAGAGACGAAGAGACUAGAACGGCCCGCCGCUGCCAGAGCGUGGGCUUGAAUAAUUUUUUUUCGAUUUACGUAUCGUCGUUGGGCCGUCGCCACGUCAGUGAAUGAAACAAACCGCACUUCAAACUCUCCCGCUAUCUACACACACGUCGUGCCCAUCAACUCGUUUAUACACGUAGAAAUAAAAAAAGCCUUAAUGAGUUGGUCUCGGAACACAUGAUAAAACCAGUCUGCGCUCGCGGCAGUGAUGGUAUGUGCUGCCUUGGCUUUCUUACAUACUUAGAAACAUCAGUUACAUGUAGUACAAACAACUGACUGAAGCUGAGAUCCAUGCAGCUAGGUGAAUUCUUACAUCGAAUAAUAUCUUCCUCUCUCUCUCGCGCGCGCGCGCGCACACACACGCACACACGCACACGAAUAGCGGGGGCAACGAAGCGAAUGGACACUGUCAAUAUGCACUACCGGAACGGCUAUGAGAACGUACCGCAUUUCGCAAGGGUGAACCCGCACAACUAGCUGAUCGAACACAUGGGAAAGCCCAGGUGGCAGCACAUAGCACAACCGCAGUCUCUCACCAUCACCAGCAACUUUACAAAGCACCGCAACUUCCUCGAAUAGGUCACCAUUCUACCGUAUUUCUCUGGGGGGGAACAAAAAACAACAA